AUGAAGCGGAGCGGCGGCGGCGCUCCCAGACGGGCGGGCGGCUGCGGGGCGGUGCGUGUGCUGCAUGUGCGUGUGUGUGUGAUUGGGCUGAUUUAUGAGCCCUUCUCGUGGAUGUCUGAUAGGGAAAAGCUUGAAGUGGUUGUCAUUGUUUUAUUUUUAUUUUUAUGCAUGUGCUUCUUGAAAGUGACUUUAGCGUCGGGACAGUUCGAGUUGGAGAUCUUAUCCAUGCAAAAUGUGAAUGGUGAACUGCAAAAUGGAAAUUGCUGCGAUGGCACCCGAAACCCAGGAGAUAAAAAAUGCACCAGAGACGAGUGUGACACCUAUUUUAAAGUUUGCCUGAAGGAGUAUCAAUCGCGGGUCACUGCUGGCGGUCCUUGCAGCUUCGGAUCCAAAUCCACUCCUGUCAUCGGAGGAAAUACCUUCAAUUUAAAGUACAGCCGGAAUAAUGAGAAGAACCGGAUCGUUAUCCCUUUCAGCUUCGCCUGGCCGAGAUCCUACACAUUGCUUGUUGAGGCAUGGGAUUACAAUGAUAACUCCACGAACCCCGACCGCAUUAUUGAGAAGGCUUCCCACUCUGGCAUGAUCAACCCCAGCCGCCAGUGGCAGACCCUGAAACACAACGCAGGAGUUGCCCACUUUGAGUACCAGAUCCGAGUGACCUGCGCAGAACAUUACUACGGCUUCGGCUGCAACAAGUUCUGUCGGCCCAGAGACGACUUCUUCACUCACCACACCUGCGACCAGAACGGCAACAAGACCUGCUUGGAAGGCUGGAUGGGACCAGAGUGCAACAAAGCUAUUUGUCGUCAGGGAUGUAGCCCCAAGCAUGGUUCUUGCACAAUUCCAGGAGAGUGCAGGUGUCAGUAUGGAUGGCAAGGCCAGUACUGUGAUAAGUGCAUUCCACACCCGGGAUGUGUCCAUGGCACUUGCAUUGAACCAUGGCAGUGCCUCUGUGAAACCAACUGGGGUGGUCAGCUCUGUGACAAAGAUCUGAACUACUGUGGAACCCACCCACCCUGCUUGAAUGGUGGUACCUGCAGCAACACUGGCCCUGACAAAUACCAAUGUUCCUGCCCUGAGGGCUACUCAGGACAGAAUUGUGAAAUUGCGGAGCACGCCUGCCUCUCCGACCCUUGUCACAACGGGGGAAGCUGCCUCGAGACAUCCACGGGAUUUGAAUGUGUGUGUGCUCCUGGCUGGGCUGGACCAACCUGCACUGAUAAUAUUGAUGAUUGUACUCCAAAUCCCUGUGGUCAUGGAGGAACAUGCCAAGAUCUAGUUGAUGGAUUUAAGUGUAUUUGCCCACCUCAGUGGACUGGCAAAACGUGCCAGCUAGAUGCGAAUGAAUGUGAGGGCAAGCCCUGUGUCAAUGCCAACUCCUGCAGGAACCUGAUUGGCAGCUACUACUGUGACUGCAUUACUGGCUGGUCUGGCCACAACUGUGAUAUAAAUAUUAACGACUGUCGUGGACAAUGUCAGAAUGGAGGAUCCUGUCGGGACUUGGUUAAUGGUUAUCGGUGUAUCUGUUCACCUGGCUAUGCAGGAGAUCACUGUGAGAAAGACAUCAAUGAAUGUGCAAGUAACCCUUGCAUGAAUGGGGGUCAUUGCCAGGAUGAAAUCAAUGGAUUCCAAUGUCUGUGUCCCGCUGGUUUCUCAGGAAACCUCUGUCAGCUGGACAUAGAUUAUUGUGAGCCAAAUCCGUGCCAGAACGGCGCUCAGUGCUUCAAUCUUGCCAUGGACUAUUUCUGUAACUGCCCUGAGGAUUAUGAAGGGAAGAACUGCUCCCACCUGAAGGAUCACUGCCGCACGACUCCUUGUGAAGUAAUUGACAGCUGCACCGUGGCAGUGGCUUCCAACAGCACACCCGAAGGGGUUCGCUACAUCUCUUCCAAUGUUUGUGGUCCUCAUGGGAAGUGCAAGAGCCAAGCGGGUGGAAAAUUCACCUGUGAAUGCAACAAAGGAUUCACUGGCACCUAUUGUCAUGAGAAUAUCAAUGACUGUGAAAGCAACCCCUGUAAAAAUGGUGGCACUUGCAUCGAUGGCAUCAACUCCUACAAAUGUAUUUGUAGCGAUGGAUGGGAAGGAACAUAUUGUGAAACGAAUAUUAAUGACUGCAGUAAAAACCCUUGCCACAAUGGAGGAACUUGCCGAGACUUGGUCAACGACUUCUUCUGUGAAUGCAAAAAUGGGUGGAAGGGAAAAACUUGCCACUCCCGUGACAGCCAGUGCGAUGAGGCGACGUGCAACAACGGGGGGACGUGCUAUGACGAGGGGGACACUUUCAAGUGCAUGUGUCCUGCGGGAUGGGAAGGAGCCACUUGUAACAUAGCGAGGAACAGCAGCUGCCUGCCAAACCCCUGUCACAACGGUGGUACCUGUGUGGUCAGCGGGGACUCCUUCACUUGUGUCUGCAAGGAGGGCUGGGAAGGACCCACGUGUACCCAGAACACAAACGACUGCAGUCCUCAUCCUUGUUACAACAGUGGCACUUGCGUGGAUGGAGAGAACUGGUACCGCUGUGAGUGUGCUCCAGGCUUCGCCGGGCCCGACUGCAGGAUCAAUAUCAACGAGUGCCAGUCCUCGCCCUGUGCCUUUGGCGCCACAUGUGUAGAUGAAAUUAACGGGUACCGGUGCAUUUGCCCCCCGGGUCGCAGUGGUCCGGGAUGCCAAGAAGUUACAGGAAGGCCUUGCAUUACCAGUGUUCGAGUAAUGCCAGAUGGGACUAAGUGGGAUGAUGACUGCAAUACCUGUCAGUGUCUGAAUGGAAAAGUCACCUGUUCUAAGGUCUGGUGUGGCCCUCGGCCUUGUGUCCUGCAUGGCAAAGGCCCCAGCGAGUGCCCUGCUGGCCACACCUGUGUCCCUGUGCGGGAUGACCACUGCUUCACCCACCCGUGUGCCGCCGUGGGGGAAUGCUGGCCCUCCAACCAGCAGCCUGUGAGGACCAAAUGCAACUCAGAUUCCUACUACCAGGACAACUGUGCCAACAUCACCUUCACCUUCAACAAAGAAAUGAUGGCCCCGGGCCUUACCACAGAGCAUGUUUGCAGUGAAUUGAGGAAUCUGAAUAUUCUGAAGAAUGUUUCUGUUGAAUAUUCCAUCUAUAUUACCUGUGAGCCUUCCCACUUGGCAAAUAAUGAAAUCCAUGUUGCUAUUUCUGCAGAGGACAUUGGGGAAGAUGAAAACCCCAUCAAAGACAUCACAGAUAAGAUCAUCGACCUCGUCAGUAAGCGCGACGGGAACAACACCCUCAUCGCUGCUGUCGCCGAAGUCAGGGUGCAGCGGCGGCCGACCAAGAACAAAACAGAUUUCCUGGUGCCCUUGCUGAGCUCUGUCCUCACAGUAGCCUGGAUCUGUUGCCUGGUCACCGUGUUUUACUGGUGCAUCCGAAAGCGCCGGAAGCAGAGCAGCCACACCCACACGGCCUCUGACGACAACACCACCAACAACGUACGGGAGCAGCUGAACCAGAUCAAAAACCCCAUUGAGAAACACGGAGCAAAUACUGUCCCCAUUAAAGACUACGAGAACAAAAACUCUAAAAUCGCCAAAAUAAGGACACACAACUCCGAGGUGGAGGAGGACGACAUGGACAAGCACCAGCAGAAGGCCCGAUUUGCCAAGCAGCCAGCCUACACUUUGGUAGACAGAGAUGAAAAGCCCCCCAACAGCACCCCUACAAAACACCCAAACUGGACAAAUAAACAGGACAACAGAGACUUGGAAAGUGCACAAAGCCUAAAUCGGAUGGAGUACAUCGUAUAGCAGACGGUGGGGUGCUGCCAUGCAGGGCCUUUGAGUAUCGUUAUAAAGGCACUCAAGAGCUUGUAGUUCUUAAACUGUUGUGUAAUAUUUGAGUCUAAGGCUAUUAUUUACUUAGAAUCCCUGUGUUAAUUUAAGUUUGGACAAGCUGGCUUACACUGGCAAUGAUAGUUGCUGUGGUUGGCUGGAAUACCAAGUGCUGCAUUUCACAUCUAUGCAAAACUAGUCAAAAGUGCCCUCAUGUAAAUUCAGCUGCAGCUGAUCCAUCACGGAAACGUUCCAUAAGGUAUUACAUAGCCUUAUUACUCUUCCUUAGUGUUCUUCUUUUUU